AUGUCAAACGUUUAUGAUCAAUUUUCUUCCUCUAUUUCGUCCAGUUCAUCCAGUUCAACUAGUUCAUCCAGUUCAUCUAAUUCAGUUAGUUCAAUUAGUUCAUCUAAUUUAGCUAGUUCAUCUAAUUUAACUAGUUCACCUAGUUUAUCCAACAGUCCAUCUAGUCAAUCUACUAGUUCAUCAUCUGAUGUCCCACGUAAAUCUUCAAUUAUUUCGAUAUCCGCCUUGUUGAAUCCUACAUCUAAUGAAAUUAAAACGUCCCCCAUACAAAAUAAAUCCUUUGAUUCUUAUGGAAAUUAUGAUAAUUAUGAUGAUUCACCGAAAGGUUGUCAAGAUUCGUCCAUUUCAGCUCCAAAUUCUCCGAAUUCAAAAAAUUCGUCAUCUUUACCAUCAACCCGUCGGUCUUCAGCAUCUGAUCAAGCUUCAAUUAAUAAUAUGAUUACUCCACCUCAAACUCCUGGUAUGAUAUCACCAACAAAUGCAAACUUUCAAUUCCCUCAAAAUACGGUUGAUCAACCAAGUCAACCUUCAAUGCCACCAAAAGUUAAACGUAAAAGAAUUACUCAAGAACAAUUGGCAGAUUUGGUAUCAAUGUUUGACCAAACUGAUACUCCCUCUUAUGAUGUACGGGAGAAAUUAGCCAAAAAAUUAAAUAUGACCAAUCGUGAAGUUCAGGUCUGGUUUCAAAAUCGACGCGCCAAAGCAAAUCGUGCCAAAGCAAAUGAACAUAAUGCAUCACAUCAACACCACAGAUUCUUGCAUCACCAUUCAGUAUCAACAUCUCAAGCCGCUAGUGGUCAUGCUUCUUCCAUUGGCAUGAUGAAUCAUGGAACUUUCACUUUUGUUCCUAUGUUCACCAACGGUGGUCCAUCAUCAAGUGGUCCAACUAAGGGUCGUAGUAAUCGUAGACAUUCUUAUGUUCACCCACCCUCGUCAAACUUGAAUUCACAGAAAAAAUCUUCACAAAAUAAUAAUAAUCCGUACACCAGACCUCGUGCUUCAACUGUAACAGGGGUUCCAAUGUCAUCACAUAGUAAUUCUACCCAGAAAAUGUUUCUAAAUCCAUGUUCUCUUCCACCACCAGUUAUCGCUCCUAUUAAAGAUAUUCUUGGUACCCCUGCUGAUUUAUAUCAAUCCGGAUCGAAUAACAUGACAGCAAAAUCAGCGAUCGACAUUCUAGCUACUGCAGCAGAAUUUGUCCAAAGUGAAGAAAAAGAGAAGGAACGACUUAAAGCAAUUGAAGCUAUGAAUGUACCUGAAAGUGAAAAUGAUGGUCAAAGAUCUGCUGUUUGGAGACCUUGGUUGGUCUAA